AUUUUGUUGUGUAAAAAAAAAUGGUUAAAAUGGCGUUUAGUGUUGUCGGUGGUCUGUGUGUGUGUGUGUAAGUGACCUGCUGACCAAAAUAUGGGAGGUAUUCAUAGUAUGAAACUCAUAGCUGUGUGUUAGGCAAUAAGAAGCUGUGGACUUUUUCUGCAUCUGACUGUGCCCAUACGAAUUGUGAUCGCAAAUUGUGUUAUACAAAUUGAAAUAGAAGUAAUACAAGGACUGGGAAACAAACAAUCUGCAUUACGUAUCGGGGUUGUCGAGGAAACUCAUGGAUGAUGUGCUAUUCCAUCAUAAGGAUACUGGAGUAGUAUUUGAUGAAACUUCCGAAGAACCAGGAGGAAUUUAUUUUCAUUGAUGAGGGGGCCUUGACGAAUGCCUCCUCUCGAUGCCUCCUGGAUCACUCGCACCCACCAAAUGGAAUCAAGCAAAUUUGCCAGCCGUUUGCCAGCUGGAGAAGGGAGACGCCUUAGAACCAGUGCUAGUCCAAAUCCACCUUACAGCCAGCAACAAUAUCAGCAGCCUGCAAGCCUGAAUCUGACCUGGACAGAUAGCAGUAGCUCAGGCAGUCAAAGUAGACAGAAAAGACUGUCAACUUGCACAGCUCAGUUUGACUAUGAUGCCCAAGGAGAAGACGAGCUUAGCUUACGCAGAGGCCAAGUGGUAGAGAUCCUUUCCAAGGAUGCUAAAAUAUCUGGUGAUGAAGGCUGGUGGACGGGUAAAAUUGGUGACAAGGUGGGUAUCUUCCCAUCAAAUUUUGUGGCCGAAGAAGAAAGUGACCGCGUUUCCAGCCAACGUCACAGGAGAGGCAAUCUCUUUGAUGAAGACGACCAACCGAUAGAAAUCGACUUUCGAGAAUUACAGUUAGAGGAAGUCAUAGGUGUUGGUGGAUUUGGCAAAGUAUACCGUGGUAUCUGGCGAAAUGAAGUGAUUGCCGUUAAAGCAGCUCGCCAAGAUCCUGAUGAAGACAUCAGUCUCACGCUUGAUAACGUCCGUCAAGAGGCAUUGGUCUUCUGGAGGCUACAUCACGAGAACAUCGUCGCGUUGAAGGGUGUCUGCCUUCAGGAACCUAACUUAUGUCUGGUGAUGGAGUACGCCCGUGGUGGGCCGUUGAACCGAGUCCUUACUGGCCGCAAAAUUCGUCCCAGUGUUUUGGUUGACUGGGCCAUUCAGAUUGCGCGUGGAAUGAAUUACUUGCACAAUGGGGCUCCGAUCUCACUCAUUCACCGCGACCUAAAGUCGUCAAACGUGCUGAUAGCGGAACCGAUAGAAAACGAGGACCUGCAGUUCAAAACGCUCAAGAUCACGGACUUUGGGCUGGCUCGCGAGGCGUACAAGACGACGCGAAUGUCGGCCGCCGGUACCUAUGCCUGGAUGGCGCCCGAGGUCAUCAAAUCGUCGACCUUCUCCAAAGCCUCCGAUGUCUGGAGUUACGGCAUCGUCCUCUGGGAGAUCCUGACGGGAGAGACGCCAUACAAGGGCAUCGACGCGCUGGCCGUCGCCUACGGCGUGGCCGUCAAGAAGCUGACACUACCUAUUCCUACCACCUGCCCGGCGCCCUGGAAAAACCUCAUGCAGAUGUGUUGGGAGCCAGAAGCUCACGAUCGGCCCUCCUUUGAAAAAAUCCUGAUGCUCCUGGAUGAAGUUGCGCGGUCAGCGUUCGCUCAGACCCCACACGAGAGCUUCCAUACGAUGCAAGAAGAUUGGAAGAUGGAAAUCGAAGCCAUGUUCGAUGACAUACGGGUUAAAGAAAAGGAAUUGCGUUGCCGCGAAGAGGAACUGCGUCAAGCCAUGCUCCAGCAGAAAAUUCACGAAGAGCAUCUGAAAAAGCGUGAACAGGAAUUGGCGGAGCGGGAAAUUGAUCUACUCGAACGCGAGCUGAACAUGAUGAUGAUCCAACAAGAACGCGCCGCGGCCGCUGCUGCUCCGACGCCUAAAAAACGCAAAGGCAAAUUUAAAAAGAGCCGUUUGAGGUUACUGAAAAAGGACGGCGGUCAUCACAUCUCUAUGCCAACGGACUUUCGCCACAAUAUAACGAUACAGUUGACGCCCUCGCGUGCCGAGCUUAACCGGCUCCAAGUUCAAAUGCAAAAUGACUUCCGGCAUAACCUCACAGUCCAGCAGACGGAGGGUGGUUUUAUGGAACUGCGUCACCCAUGUACUGUGGUGGCCGGAGGCGACAACGGGGCCCAACUGGAUCCCUCCGCCGUCGAAAACUCUUCUUCUACCAUCGCUAGACUUAAGGCUAUCGCAUUUCCGGCCGAUGGAGUUAAAGGGAAAACAUGGGGCCCGAGUACGGUACACCAGAAAGAACGUGCUCAUAUUCGGCCUGUUGUAGAGAGAGCGGAAGGACACCGUCAAUGGAGCAGAUCAGCACCAAAUUUGGAGAAAACCCAAAAAGGAUUGUUGGCUGCUGCUGCUGCGGCAGCGGCCGCUGCAACCCAAAGUGGCCAUCCUUCGUCCCUUUCUACGUCAUCCACACUUCCAGAAUUGGAUCGAAUGGAUAAUGGAUCAACCCCACGCUCUCUUCCGCCCGGCUAUGUCGCCGGAAUCAACGGCUCUUCCGCCAGUGGUAGCGCCGAUACUAAACGGGCCAAAGGCGGUUUAGAACUUCAUUUGUUCAACGCAGCAGCCAUGUUGGCCGGAGUGGCUUUGGGCGGAGACAUCCGCUAUUCCGGAGUCACUAUGCUCCAACCUAUUCGUCCGUCACAGAAUAGAAGAGCCAGUCAAGAUGACGAUGUAUCGGACCCCAGAAGGUGGGGGUACGCAAGUGCUUCCACUACCUUGACGAAUAACGAAGUAGCCGCUCGUUUGUCUUCCGCCAUUGGAGAUUACGAGUUGCCGACGUCUCCAUACGCCUUGGCUGGAGCCACGGCUGGAACAUCGUCGAAUCCCGGAGUCUAUUCGCAUAACACCUACCAUGGACAGGUGCGACAUCAACGAACGCCACUCGUCAUGGACAAUCCCAAACCACUGCGGUUCAUCGAUAAUCCACCUGGACCGUUGUAUUCGGCAUCCACCUUGGGCGCUUAUCAUCAAAGAAGACGAUCUUCCAAUGCCAGUAACGAUAGCGAAGCUUAUAGUGGCGGUGGUUUCGACCCGGUUCGGAUGGAGACCGCUGGAUAUGUAGGCGGAGAACGUGGGUAUGAGCAAUACGGUAGUGGUUAUCCAGGCAGCAACGAUCAUGGCCGUCCUCCGCCUCAUCCGGCUUCAGGCCAUUACUCCACAGCUGGCGACUGGAACCCUUUGUCCUAUCGAGGAUACGGAACUGAACAGGUUCGCCAACCCGAUAAUCUACACACGUAUGAAAACACAGGGAAUCUCAACACGAGUGUCAAUAGUCGUUUGCCGGGCAGAAUGUACGGAGCCGGCAAUAGCGCCAAUCAUCGUCGAACAUCAUCCAACGUCUCAAACUCUUCGAUAGGUGGCAUUAUUGGGUUAGCCAACAGCUCCAACGUCAACCCGAGUUUCCGUCUUGAAGACGAACUUGAUACGGUGCACGUCCAAGGGCCUCCAACACAAGGACGAGUAGUUUUUGAUUUGGAUCCUCGUUCGAGUGCCUCUCCCGCAACACCGUUCCGAAUCGCUCGUCAAAAUUCAUUAGAAAUGGAACGGCCUGGUACAUUGGGCUUAGAACCACCUCGAUUGCGUUCCAGUCUGAGAAAGACCAACUAUUCUGUGGUAAACAGCGUCAUCGGAGGAUGUGGAGCGGGUAGCAAUAGCAGGGCGUGGAAUUCUUCCAGUGCAGGUGGAAGCGGUGGAGGAUCUGGUGGAGGUACUCCGACCAAUCCAACUCCGCCCGACUCGAUGCACAGUGAAGACAGCGGUAUGUCGGCCAAAGAGACCAGUUCAUCGCAACAUUCAAGCGUUUCAGCCCCGCGCGUCCGUUUCUCGCCGGUCGCCGCCUCGUUCAGCGGAGACGGCCGCACUUUAAUGGACAUUCCGGUUCAAGGUCAAAGCCAGGACUAUACGAUUCCUCUGAAGGCUGCGAGACCAGUGCGUCGCGACUAUCUCGCUUCGCGAUCAUCCAAGUCAACCUUGAGUGAACUGGAGCGCGAGUUCUUGUGAUGGACACACACGAGCAUCACUGUCGGCAACAAAAUCAGGUCAAAAAUUUUUUUUUAGAUGUAUAGCGAAUUUGAGAUUGCUUUUUAUCGUCGACUUUGACUUUUUCAUUUGAAUGAUCUGAGUUGACAGUUGAUCGAUUCUACUUCAUAUUCCAGAACAAAUAGUUAGGCGAUGUGUCCGAAAUUGUGUCUGAGCUAAAAAAAAAAAAAAAAGAGAAAAAAAAAAACAACACCUGUGAUGUCGGUAAAAAAAACAAGAUGAAAAACAGUGAAAAUAACAUUCCGCCAUAUCAAACUCCCUUAUGUUUUACCCUAAAACGCAACCGUUUUUUAAAGAUUAGGUUUUGUUUUUCUUUCUUAUUUUUUGAACUCUCCCCUGCCUAGUAUUGUUGCUUGAUUGUGUGGCAAAGGAGAGAUCGUUGACACUGAAAAACAUGAGUCGCUUUUUUUUUUUUUAAUCUUUUUUUCAAUUUUGCUUUACGUGUAAACCUCUAUACAUAAACGUUCUUUUAAAAAAAAUUAUAUACAUAUGUAUAGCGAACACAUAAUUCCUUUCUCCCCUCGCCUGGACUUCUAUUUUGUUAAAGAGAGAAAGAAAAAAGAAAACACUAUCAAUCACAAUCUGCCUCGUGUGUGUCCCCCAUCACCUUGUUUUGAUUCAGCGUGUGUGUCUUUGAUCCCCUGAUGAUGGCAGCUUUGGAUGAAUCUGACGGCUUCAUUUUGAAUCCUAUUCUCCUUUUGUUUGACCGUGGCAAUCGACGAUUGACAUAUACCAGUGCUUUGAGACAACGAUGCAUUCCUCCUAACCUUUUCUCUUCUUAUUUUCACUUACUAUUAUUUGAUUCUCCCUUUUUGUUGUUCUGGAUGUAAAUAUUUGUGAUGCUGAUGAUCAAAAAACGGCGACGCACCACACAUCCCUCUUGUAAGAGAAGAAUACUUAAAUCGUAGUAGUCCGUGGGUUGUUGUCCGUGCUGAAAAAAAAAAUAAAGAAUUAUAUGAUGAAUGAUGUCGGUCUAUUGUGCUGGGACGAGAAAUACAGUGCCAAUCGAACGUC